AUGAUCAUCAGAAAAGAUUCGUGUAAUAUGUGGAGAAUGAAACGAAAUAAAAUCAAAGAGAAUCAUGAAUUUAGGGUUUUGAUUGUUGAGGCAGAAGAAAAUGACGAUCUUGAAAGGAUCAUGGGUUGGGGGAGCAAGAUUUGGAGGAGGAAGCGGUGGAGGCGUCGCAGAUGAUUCCGAUGAAUUUGAUUCUAUUUCGAGAGAUGAGCGUAUGUCUUCCGUCCACAGCAUCCGCAGCAGUAUUCUCCCUUCCCUCGGUGCUCAGUCUACUCGGAACGUCAAGCUUCGUCCCUUUACUAUCAACCCCUUACAUCAUCGUUACAGGAUUUGGCAGGGAUUUCUAGUAGUUCUUGUGUUUUACACGGCAUGGGUUUCUCCAUUUGAGUUUGGAUUUCUAGAUUCGCCGGCACGUGCUUUGUCAAUCAUCGAUAAUGUUGUCAACGGAUUUUUUGCAAUUGACAUCGUCUUAACCUUCUUUGUUGCCUAUCUGGAUAAAUUGAGUUUCCUUCUUAUUGAUGAUCGUCGACAGAUUGCUAAGAGGUAUAUUAAAACGUGGUUCUUUUUUGAUGUUGUAUCCACAUUCCCUUCUGAAAUUGCUCGGCGAAUGUUGCCUGAUUCCCUCAAACCAUAUGGCUACUUCAAUAUGCUUCGACUUUGGCGUCUUCGAAGAGUCGGUCAAAUGUUUGCAAGAUUGGAGAAAGAUCGCAACUACAACUAUGUCUGGAUUCGAUGUGCAAAGCUUGUUUCCGUUUCACUCUUUACAGUUCACUUGUCUGCCUGCAUAUUGUAUCUUAUUGCCCACCGCUACAAGGAUCAAACAAAUACAUGGUUGGCAGCUUCCUCUACUGACACAAAUAAAGAAAGUCUGGCAAUACUUUAUAUAAAAUCAAUUUAUUGGACUACCACCACAAUGACUACUACUGGCUAUGGUGAUAUCCAUGCUGUCAAUUGGAAGGAAAUGAUAUUUUGCAGCUUCUUCAUGUUGUUCAAUAUGGGCUUGAGUGCAUAUUUCAUUGGCAACAUGACCACACUAAUUGUUGAAAGGACUGGUCGAACAAGGAAGUUUAGAGAGACGAUUCAAGCCGCAUCAGGCUUUGCACAAAGGAACCACCUACCUGCCCGCCUGCAAGAUCAGAUGCUUGCUCACUUAUGCUUGAAGUACCGAGCCGACUCAGAAUGGGUGCAGCAACAAGAAAUUAUUGAUCUGCUCCCGAAAGCCAUUCAAUCAAGUAUUUCAAAUUUCCUCUUCUAUCGCUACGUUGAUGAAGUUUACUUGUUUAAUGGAGUGUCAAAUGAUAUGCUGUUUCAACUGGUCUCGGAGAUGAGAGCUGAGUAUUUUCCACCCAAAGAAGAUGUGAUCUUGCAAAAUGAAGCUCCCACAGACUUCUACAUUUUGGUGUCUGGUGCUGUGGAACUAAUUUAUAAGAGAAGUGGAGUUGAACAGGUUGUUAGAGAGUUAAAGAGUGGAGAUGUCUGUGGUGAAAUCGGUGUGCUUUGUUAUAGGCCACAAGUUUUUACUGUUCGCACAAAACGAUUGAGCCAGCUGCUAAGAAUGAAUCGCACUCAAUUUCGGAACAUUAUCCAAACAAAUGUUGCAGAUGGCACUAUAAUCAUCAACAAUCUUCUUCAGGUUUUUGGUGAUAUUAUGCAGCAUUUGAAAGAGAAAACAGACCCAAUAAUGGAAGCAAUAUUUGUAGAAACAGAGAAUAUGUUGACUCAAGGGAGGAUGGAUGUGCCUCUGAGUUUAUGUUUUGCAGUAUCAAGAGGUGAUGAUGUGUUGCUACAUAAAUUGCUUAGACGAGGUGGCCUUGACGCUAAUGAGAUGGACAGUGCUGGACGCACAGUUUUGAAUCUUGCAGCGGCCAAAGGAAGUUUAGAAUGUGUGCUUUUACUCUUAGAUCAUGGAGCAGAUGCAAAUAGAAGAGACUCCGAAGGAAAUGUUCCCCUGUGGAGUGCAAUUGUGGGGCGAAAUGAAUCUGUAAUUAAAUUGCUUGUAGACAAUGGUGCAAAGUUAACAUCAGGGGAUGUGGGUGAGUUUGCUUCUUAUGCAGUUGAACAAAACAGCAUAGAUUUGCUUAAAGAUAUAAUCAAACAUGGUGGGGAUAUUACACUCCGGAACAGUAUGGGAACUACAGCACUGCACAAGGCCAUUUCUGAAGAGAAAACAGAUAUAGUCGAGUUUCUAAUCAAUAAUGGAGCCAGCAUUGACACGCCUGAUGUGCAUGGGUGGACUCCACGGGAUUUGGCAAACCAUCAGGCACAUGAAGAUAUUCUAGAAUUGUUUGCCAAGUUGCCUGCACCUAAAGACAAACCUGCUGGCGUCAAAACCAAGCUUGAUGGUGCAUCAUAUCUUAAGAAGUACCAGAGUGAGCCGAGGAUGCCUCUUCCUUUUCCCACUGAAACACCAAGGAUCUCAUCUGCCGGCCCGCAAGAUAGCAGGAGACGUCCCGCCGAUGACUUCAGUAAUUCUGUUUUUGGAAUCGUGUCAUUUGCUAGUAGGAAACAAAAUGCAGCUGAAAUGGGGUAUAUGCCAUCACCACCGCCUCCAUAUGCUGCGUUGGAACGAAUGCCUCAAAUCGUCAGAGUAACACUUUGUUGUCCGGAGAAAAAUGACGAAGCUGGGAAACUCAUACGUCUUCCUGAAACCCUCCAAGAGCUACUGGAUAUCGGCUCCAAGAAAUUUUCUAUUUCUGCUACAAAAGUUAUAACUAAAAACGGAGCUCUUGUUGAAGAUAUAAAACUCAUCAGGGAUGGCGAUCAUCUCAUCGUUGCUACUGACGAUUGGUUCUUUACCAAAACUUAGC